CUGAUUAUUCAAGAAGCUAGUAAAAUUGCAGCUUUUUUUGAUCCUUAUUUUAAAAAAAUAGUUUACUUUGAACAAUCAUUAGAUGAAAUAUUAGCUCCAAUUCGUGAGAAUUUGCCAACAAAUUUAAAUUCUAUAGUUCAACCUUCAUACAUAUCAAGACGACUUCAGUUUAUACAUGAAUUUUCUAGAACAUCUACUCAACUUAUAACUUCUAAUUCUGAUGAGCUUAUACAAUAUUAG